ACCAUGUCCAUCAUCCGAGCCGUCGGUAACAAAGCUCCGUUGAAAAGAGGAGAAGCCAAUACAUUCGCUGUUCAUUCCAAUAGAUUAUUGUAUCAUGCGUGUAUCGUCCUUGAGAGGAUCGGUGGUUUCCCUUCUUGUGUCAACCUUUGCGCCCGCGUCUUCCUUUCUUCGGCCAUCGGUAUCAGCGUCUUCCAGCAGGACACCCUGGAAGUCUCAUCUUUCUCGGCCGCGAGUUUCUACCACUGCCAGUAUGUCGUCCACUUCCAGUCUUCUCCCCAGUGUAUCCUCUCGCAUCCAAACGACAUUGGAUCCAUGUGUGGUGCUCAUGAAACAACUCAUUGGCAAAUAUGCCGACUUGUGGGCAGAUAAAGGAGGCAUCUUUAGUUUGGCACAAGGCGUGGUCUAUUGGAAGCCACCUCCUCAAGUCAACACGGCUUUGGUACGGGCUCUCCAAGACGAUGAAACAGACGCCGAUGCUUGUCCGCUGCUGCACACAUACGGUCCUGACGAAGGCCUGCCCGAUUUGCGACAAGCCAUUCAACAAAAAAUACAACGCGAAAAUCACUUGACCAACCACAAUGUCAUGAUCACCGUGGGAGCCAAUCAAGCCUAUACCAACUGCAUCUUGACACUCAUCAAUCAGAAUCAAAAAGUAGUCGUCUUUGCACCCUACUACUUCAAUCAUGUCAUGGCCAUUCAAAUGGCGUUGCCACCGGACAGUUUGGUGGUGGGACCUUGCAGUGAUGACGGGAUUCCAGAUUUGGAAUGGCUCCAGCAAACACUGGCUGCCGACCCAUCCAUUCACAUGGUCACCAUUGUCAAUCCAGGAAACCCCACAGGAGUGACAUUGUCACGGCAAGUACUGCAGCGAGCUGUGGACUUGUGUCGGGACCAUCAGACAUGGUUGACAUUGGAUUGCACCUACGAGUAUUUUGUCAAUGCGCAAGAAGAAGAUGACAACAAUACAUAUGAAUUGGGUGGAUGCUUUCCCGAUCCCCACGUUAUCCAUAUCUUUUCCUUUAGUAAAUCCUAUGCCAUGGCGGGAUAUCGAUGUGGAUACGUAGUCCUUUCCAAAGAGAACGACGAUGAAAUAUUUCAGCAAAUGCUCAAGGUACAAGACACCAUUCCCAUUGCGCCAGCCAGAAUAGCCCAAAUUGCCGCCAUGGCAGCCAUGCAAGAGGACAAGGAAACAAAAGCAGGAAAGGGAAAGCUCUGGGUGGCACAACAGUUUGAAACAUUACAAACUGGAAGACAAGCAAUCUGCAAGGCACUCCAAGCCAUGGACGGACCAAUCAUGGGAGGAUCCGGUGCGAUGUACGUCAUGGCCAAGCUACCUGCGUCCACCCCCGAUGACAAGGCAAUCGCAGAAAUGCUCGUCAAAGACUACGGCGUGGCUAUCAUUCCAGGAUCAUUUUGCGGCUUUCCAGGAUGGAUUCGAGUGUGCUACUCCAAUCUGCCGCCAGACAAGUGUUUGCAGGCAGCGGAACGGUUAGAACGAGGGAUACGAGAGCUCUGUACGUAGCCCCCAAAGCAAGUAACCAAACUUAGGACGUACUACUGGUUAGAACGAGGGAUACGAGAG